AUGUUGGUCCCGAGAGUGGACCGUCAGGCGGAAACCGAAACUAGUCGGAAGAGCGGCAAAGCAUGCCGCCUGUUGCAUGCCACCACGGACGACGACUCACCUCCUUCCGGUGAAACGGACCUGGACCGCUUUGUCGAGUUUCCCGAAAGGCUUCUCUUCCUCUUUCGACAAUUCGGAGACAGAUCCCUGCCCUCGUCUGCUUCUGGACAGCCUUCGUCUCGCGACUUUGCAUUGAACGUCUGCCGAGCCCGCGAAUCGCCGUCUAGAGCUGGCGUAGAUCCGAGGUGCUGUCGUCUCCGCCGGGGCUGA